AUUUCAUUUCCUGCUUCUGCCUCCCUCCACACUCUUUCUCUCCAAUCUCAUAAAGGCUGCAACCUUCGCCUCAAUCACAUCACAUGGCAUGGGUUUAAUCCCAAAUCCUCCGCCACAAGAAACCCAAGAAGAAGAAGACGACGAGGAAGAUACCGAGCCAAUAUUAGGAGGAGAAAGCAAAGAAGAACCAGGGACAGAGAGCGAUGGCGUUGGUGAUUCUCGAGUAUUUCCACCCUCUUCGUAAUGGAUUCCAAUCUUUGCUCGAUGCCGAUUCCGGGGUUUGGUUUCUGGGCUACGGCUGCAGAUGGGCUACUCUGCUUUCCCUUCUCCUUAUAAUCGUAUUCCACUUUUCCAGGCGCCUUCUCUUCUCCCUCUUUGCUUCUUCUUCUUCUUCUUCCUCGUCUCGACCUUCUCCUAUCUCUGCCGCUGCUCCUAAUCCGCUCGCGCCAUCUGGGUCUAACCCUGAAUCCAGGUCGUCAGAGUUGGUAUCAGAAGCAGAUUUGAAGUUCUUGGUUAAAAAUCUGGAUGAGGUUGACGAGAGUGAGAGCUGGGAAGAUGUCAUAGAUAAGAGAAACAAUCUUCUACAUUAUAACGCAAAAUGCUGCAAACCCAAGAAUGCUCCUGUAAAGUACUUGAGUAUGACAGUUUUCGAGAAUUGCUCUCCUGAGUUGCUUAGGGACUUCUACAUGGACAACAAUUACAGAAAGCAGUGGGACAAAACUGUAGUGGAACAUGAGCAACUCCAAGUAGACCGGUCGAAUGGAAUUGAAAUCGGGCGUACUAUUAAGAAGUUCCCACUUUUGACACCUAGGGAGUACAUUCUGGCAUGGAGAUUAUGGGAAGGAAAGGAUAAAACGUAUUAUUGUUUUAUUAAGGAAUGUGAACAUCCGUCAGCACCAUUACAGAAGAAGUGCGUGCGAGUUAGAUACUUUAGAUCUGGCUGGAGAAUUAGGAAAGGCAAGUUCUUGAAUACAGCAUUUGCUUUUUUGAUAUUCUUACCUGGUAGGGAUGCUUCUGAGAUCAAAAUGUAUCACCAAGAAGAUGCUGGACUAAAUGUAGAGAUGGCGAGGUUGGCUUUUGCUAGGGGCAUAUGGAGUUACGUGUGUAAAAUGCAUGCUGCACUAUGCAAAUACCAGUCAAGUAGUCAAAUAGGAAGUGAUCCUGCUAGUGCACUCUCUCUGGUUCAGAAGAUUCCUUCUGGCAUCGAAACAAUGGACAGUUGUCUCAAGGACACUCCUGAGAAUCCAGCCGUAGCUACUGCAUCUCUUGGAAUAAGUAUGACGGCGAGCAGGAAGAAGAAAUUAGAGAGGCGGCCAUCAGGGAAAGUGGUAGCAAACGGGCUGCUUCUGAUCGGAGGAGUCAUCUGUCUAUCUCGUGGUAACUGUAGCCUGGGAGCUAAAGUUGCCAUGGGCUACCUCUUGUCGAAGCUUGGGAAACGCAAUGCUCGUCAAUCUGGCACCGAUAGAGGAUGACGGAUCAUAUGACAAAACCCAUGCAAGGAUGGUUAGACCCAAGAUUAACAUAAAAAAGCACAUGCUACAAGUACCAGAUAUUGCCAGAUUCUGAUCCUGUAUUUUGUUUUUGGGUUGAAAUUUUGCUUGAUGCUUCUUCUCAUUCUUCUGUAUAGGGAAAAAAAGAGACAAAUUAUAGAUGUUACGCUGGAAUUCCUUGUUGCUGAUGAACUGAAACUGCUGAUACAGCAGCUUCAGAAGUUAGCUUACAAGUGAAUAAAAUAUUUGUACAUUGUAUCA